UACAAAAGCCCCAUCCUCUUUUGAGUUUUGACAUCAUCUUUCUUCCUAUUAGCAAUCCUUUCAUUAUCGUCUGAAAGAGAACCCCCUUGUAUUAUCUUCCCUAAAACCCUUCAUAAAUCUCACGAUUCAAACUUAUUAUUUCGAUUUAAGAAUGUGUGGCGGUGCUAUCCUAGCCAAUCUCAUCCCCGCCUCUGAUCUCUUGCCCAACGCCGAGCUCAACCCCUUCGAGUCAAAUAUGAGUCCAGUCGUCGAGGAUGUCUCAUCCCCACUCAAACGAGCGCAGCUUCCUUCAGGUGAUGUUCGUGGAGAAGCUGAGAAGCCGUCGAAGAGGCAGAGGAAGAACCUCUACAGAGGGAUUCGGCAACGCCCAUGGGGUAAAUGGGCCGCCGAGAUACGCGAUCCGAGGAAAGGAGUUCGCGUCUGGCUCGGCACCUUCAACACCGCCGAGGAAGCGGCCCGAGCCUACGAUCGAGAGGCCCGGAAGAUCCGUGGAAAGAAAGCCAAAGUUAAUUUCCCCAACGAAGACGAGAACGAGGUCUGCUACUUCACUACCACCUCCCAAAACCAAAAUCACUAUAACCCGCCCUUUGUUCGAAGCGUCCCCAGUUUCCCUGAUCAUCAUCUCCGGGACAAUGCUGACUUGAACAAUAAAUAUUCAAGAGGUUCGGAUUUUGGGUUCGGUUAUGAUCUGAACCAAAUUGGAGGAGUCGGUUAUAAUGGGUUUGAGUCUGUUGGGGAACCGAACACUGACCCAACCAUUGUUUCUGGAAAUUACAAUACUUAUCCAUCGACAGCGUUGGUUUGCGCUAAUGACCAGGAGGCGAAAGCUGAAGAGGAGGAGAAAGUGGUUAACAAAACCGAGGAGGAAGAGAGAGAGGUGCAGAAGCUGUCUGAAGAGCUAAUAGAGUACGAGAAUUUCAUGAAAUUCUAUCAGACUCCGUACUAUGAUGGCCAAUCGGCACCACCAGCCCCCCAGUACUGCUCAAAAAAGCGUUGUGGCUGAUCUCUGGAGCUUCAAUGAAGAGGAGGUCGUUCCUGAACCUGCCUUUAGGACCUCUUCGGCUCUGUAAUGGCGUCCAUUGGAAUCGAUCCUUACUUCUGUUCAUUAUAUUCUAGAAGUUGAUCUUCUUGUGAAAUUGUCUUGUAUUUGUCUACUUUCCCCCAAUGAAAUCCCAUCGUUACAUGUGCGA